GCACAUUUGGAUAGGAAGGUGUUCGAUGUUUGGCUUUGUAUUCACACGUGCUUUUUAAACAUAAUUGUUUUGUUUGUGUUUCUAAUUGAUUUUGUGCUAAGAUUUACUUCCAGCAACGCACAGGAGCGGAUCUUCAAGUCGUGCUCUCUUCCAUAGCAGAAUCAUGGCGAGUGGAAAAAUUGCAAUCCUUAGUGUAUCCGACAAGUCCGGUCUGUUGGACUUUGCCAAGGGUCUCAACCAGCUGGGAUUGAAGUUGGUAGCUAGUGGUGGCACAGCCAAGGCUGUUCGUGAACAAGGAAUUCCGGUUCGCGAUGUUUCCGACGUAACCGGAGCCCCUGAAAUGCUGGGAGGUCGUGUCAAGACUUUGCAUCCAGCGGUUCACGGUGGUAUUCUGGCUCGUCUGACUGAGUCCGAUUUGAACGAUAUGAAGAGCCACAAUUUUGAGUUUGUUCAACUGGUCGUGUGCAACUUGUAUCCGUUCGGUUUGACCAUCUCGAAGUCAGACGUGACGGUUGAUGAUGCUGUUGAAAACAUUGACAUCGGAGGAGUUACGCUACUGCGGGCAGCAGCGAAGAACCAUAAACGAGUUACGGUACUGUGUGAUCCAGCAGACUACGGUAAGGUAAUCGAUGAAAUUAAGCAAUUCGGAGAUACCACUGAAGCAACCCGUCAAGUGUUGGCCUUGAAAGCCUUCACCCAUACCGCUGAGUACGAUAAUCUCAUUUCGGAUUACUUCCGUAAGCAGUACUCAGCAGGAGUGUCACAGUUGAACCUUCGCUACGGUAUGAAUCCACACCAGAAACCUGCUCAGAUUUUCACCACUUUGGAGAAGCUCCCGUUGAAGGUAGUCAACGCUUCGCCAGGUUUCAUCAACCUGUGCGAUGCCUUGAACGGCUGGCAGUUAGUUCGUGAGCUCAAGAAAGCCUUAGGACUACCGGCUGCAACCAGCUUCAAGCACGUUUCUCCCGCUGGGGCUGCAGUGGGAGUACCCUUAACAGUGGACCAAGCAAAACUAUGUAUGGUCGAUGACUUGUUCGACAGUCUAACGCCACUGGCUACGGCAUAUGCUCGUGCUCGCGGAGCAGAUCGCAUGUCAUCCUUUGGAGAUUUCGUAGCACUAUCCGAUACCUGCGACCUGGUGACGGCUAAAAUCAUCUCCCGUGAAGUAUCCGACGGAAUCAUCGCUCCAGGAUAUACUGAAGAAGCUUUGGACUUGUUGAAGAAGAAGAAAAAUGGGGCCUAUUGCGUCCUUCAGAUAGAUCCAACUUAUGAGCCAAGUCCAGUGGAGAAGAAGACCCUUUUUGGAUUGCAUAUGGAACAGCGGCGUAACGAUGCGGAUAUCAACAAAGCCCUGUUUACCAAUAUUGUAACGAAGAAUAAGAAUCUCCCGGAUGGGGCCGUCCGAGAUCUGAUCGUGGCUACUAUUGCUCUUAAGUACACUCAGAGUAACUCGGUGUGCUACGCAAAGGAUGGUCAGGUGGUCGGUAUUGGUGCUGGUCAGCAGUCCCGUAUACACUGCACUCGGCUUGCUGGGGAUAAAGCUGAUAACUGGUGGCUCCGUCAACAUCCCCGUGUAACUUCGAUGCAGUUCAAAAAAGGAGUAAAACGUGCGGAAAUCUCCAAUGCCAUCGAUAACUACGUCAACGGUACGGUCGGUAAAGAUAUGCCACUAGCUCAAUUUGAAGCUAUGUACGAAAAGAUUCCAGAGUUCCUGACCGAUUCCGAUAAGCAGAACUGGGUCCAACAGUUCUCUGGAGUAUCGCUCGGGUCGGAUGCUUUCUUCCCGUUCCGAGACAACGUUGAUAGGGCCCGGUUGAGCGGUGUGUCGUACAUCGCUAGUCCAUCUGGAUCGACUAACGAUGCCGGAGUCAUCGAGGCUUGUAACGAUCAUGGUAUUGUGAUGGUGCAUACCAAUUUGAGAUUGUUCCACCAUUAGAAUUCGUACGUUAUGCAUUGUUGUAGGUUUAAACAGCAAAAGUGUUAUAUUCGUGCCUCUAUAAUAAAACAUGGCUA